AUGGUUUACUCUAAUUAUUUCGUGACUGGCGCUUCUGGACUUCUUGGCUCUCAAAUUGUCCAAAAAUUACUUGACGCUGGUCAUACAGUGCGAGGGUCGGCUCGAGGGGAGAAGGUUUCGCAGCUGGAGAAAGUGUUCAGAGGCUACAAAAAGUUUUCGGUAAUUGAUAUCCCCGAUCUUUCUACUUCAAACCUCGGUGAUGCCUUUGAAGAUAUAGAGGUGUUGAUACAUGUGGCCGCAUUCCUGCCUUCUUUUCGAGGCGACAUAGAGGUUGUCAAGAGGUUCUCCACUGAGGGAACAGAAAGGAUUCUGGAUUCUGCUCGGAAAGCAGGUGUGAAGACAAUAAUCGUUACCGGAUCACAGGUGACUUAUAAUAUCGAUGGUCCCAUUGGUCCCCAAGACUGGAGAUCCGUCACAUUCGAAGAUGCUCAGAAAACCACUGAAGCUCAACACUUUGUCGUCUAUAUAGCUCAGAAAAUCAUCAGCGAACAGACCAUGUUGAAUUGGGCUGAAAAGCACCGCGAUAUUCGGGUGGUUAUCAUCGAUCCGACUUAUAUUUUCGGUCCCUUCGUCCCCAAUUACAAGUAUAUUGUCAACCAUCCCAAGCUCUAUGGUCUAGAGAGUUCCAACUAUUUUGUUCACUUCCUACUCCGACCUGAAAACAAGGUGUUUGUCGUAUACCCUGGCUGGAUGGAUGUGCGCGAUAUCGUCGAUGCUCAUAUCAAUGCGGUACACAAUAAGGCAAUUGACGAGCUUGUACCAAAGGACAGACGGUUUAUCCUUGGUGCUCCUGAGGAUCAUGAUUGGAAAAAAGUCAUCCCUCAAAUUAUAGAAGCCCGCCCCCACCUUGCAGAUCGCUUAUGCAGUCCUGAAAAGGCACCUGUCUUCCCCAUGCAGGUGACAGAUCUCAGUAGGACAGAAAGAUACCUUGGAAUCAAGGCGGGUUCAUACACUUCCUUUAGGAAGUCUAUAGUAGAUACGAUUGAUUCUAUCUUGGACAUCGAGGCUUAUUGGAAAGAGCAAGGCAUUGAAGACCUCAGCUUACCAAACGAACCUUUAUUCAACUGA